AUGAACAAUCAAAUAGUCAACCAAAUUGAUCUGCUAGUUGAACAGAGUUGGAAAAAUUCCAGAAAUUCGUAUUAUAAAUUGCAUGGGUUCGAAGAACAGAAAGAAGACGAAGAAGUUGAAUCCACCGGUACUUCUCCACACAUACACGGUGAAGGUAGUGUAGAUGAUCUCAAGAUUCCCGUUCAAUUGAGUGAGGGCCUCGUCAAGUUGUUAGAAACACAAGAUAAUAGAGACAUUCUCGAAGAAGACCUUAAGAAGGAGCUAAUGAGGUGGUUCUGGAUGGGAUUCUAUCAAGGCAAAAGAACCUCAGAUGCAACAUAG